AUGGCGAACAACUCUCAAAUUGGAUCGAGUUCCCAGGACCCCCUAGGACGUUCUCACAGUGAAAUUGGUUUGGUAGUGGCCUUGGCUAUUCUAAUCUCCCUCAUCUCCUUCCUCGGCAACUUCUUAGUCGUCUAUGUUGUCUAUAAAGACUCCAGACUCAGGCGCUUGACCAAUAUAUUCAUUCAAAACCUGGCAUUGACCGACAUUGCCUCGGCAUCUCUAGUCAUGCCCUAUUGGGUAAUAAGCCUGUAUACAGGGACUUGGAUUUUUAGCGAGAGGUGGUGUGAGAUUCAAGGUGUAAUUCAGGCCACGUUUGGAAUUGCUUCUAUCCUGACUAUGGGACUUAUCGCCUUCAACCGAUAUUUUCGAGUCGUCAAAUCAGAGCAGCUUUACAGCAGGCUUUUCCCGAGCAAGAAAAUGGCCCGAGUCUAUUGCGUCAUCGUAUGGAUAGCUUCUAUACUUCUUGCAACACCGUCAUUGUACGGUUGGGGCAAGAUGGUUUACCAUCCUCCGUAUGGUGUCUGCACUUUUAACAGGAAAAUCGAGGAUAUUUCAUACGUGAUAAUACUCAUGAGCGGAGUGCACAACACAACCACAGCUGCAAUAUUUUACUGCUACUACAAAAUUUAUAAGACACUUAAAGAAAGCCGUCAAAAUCUAAAUGCCCAUGGAACGACCUCAUCAGAACGUCCUCGAACUGAUAUUAGAGUCUUGAAAACCAGUUUUGCAGUAGUUUGUGUUUUUUUCAUUUUAUGGGGACCAGUUACUGUUGUUGUGAUGAUGGAGUCCGCUGAGUAUUUUGUCCCCAGGGAGGUUUCUACGGCAGUCUUUUUCCUUGUCUUUACAACUAGUUUAGUAAAUCCAAUCAUAUACGGAGUUAUGAAUCCUCAGCUCCGAACGGCCUUCAAAGGGGCUUUAAGCUUUGGUCGGUGUGGCAACCAAAUAAAUCCGACUGGCCAACCUUAA